AUGUCGAAGCAACCUGGAUAUAAUCCUUACCCGCCACCACAGGCUGGCCAAAUACCACCACCACAAGGAAUACCUCUCGGACAAAUGCAACCGCCACCAUACGCUAUUCCACCACAGCAAGCUUAUCCUGUGCCGCCACAAGGAGGCUACCCUCCACAACAGCAAAUUACUAUUACUCAACCAGUUGUACAACCGGCGCAAACUACUGUUGUUGUCCAUGAAGAUCACUCCAAUAAUGUGAUUUUAUACAUCCUUUUAUGUUUAAUCUGUCCUCCGAUUUUUAUCAUCGUUAUGUUGGUUAAAUCAUGCACUGAUUAA